AAAACCGGUUGCGGAAGAAAAGCGGAAGUGACGCAACUCAUCUUGAACCAUGCUUGAAUGGAGGUGACCUUAGUUACUGUCAAAUAGUGGAGUAAAGACAGCGUUGGCCUGGACACAGCAGGUACAUGAAGUAGGUCCGGCGUAGAUGUUACUACAGUGAAUAUUAGUGAAGACGGUUGUGAGUGAGCAGCACGAGCAGAGAUGGCGGAGGCACACCAGGCGCGCGUGCAGGGUAUGGUGGAAGAAAUGGUCCAGAGCCUGGAGAGAGACCACAUCCGUAAAAUGCAGGGUCGCAUGUUCCGGUGCAGCGCAGACUGCUGCGACCGCAGCGCAGACUCCAUGUCUCAGGUGCAUCACUGCAUCGAGAGGUGUCACACGCCGCUGGCCAAGGCUCAGGCGCUGGUCACGUCAGAGCUGGAGAAGUUUCAGGAUCGUCUGACCAGAUGCACGAUGCACUGCAACGAUAAGGCGAAGGAUCUGUUCGACUCCGGCGCCAAGGACACAGCUGUUCGGUCACUGAUGGAGCGCUGUGUGGGCAGUUGUGUGGACGACCACGUUAACCUGAUCCCCAGCAUGACCCGAAGAAUCAAAGAGAAUCUGGACUCUUUGGAGCAGUGAUGCGAGUGACGGGUGGCCUGGUCACAUCCUAGAGGCCGUCGGGCUUGUCACUCUCUUACACACACACACACACACACACACACACACACACACACACACACAAAAACACACACUGAAGGACAGAGGGGGCAUCAUGAAAAGGCAGGGAGAGUGAAGUUACUAAUACGAUCACUUGAGGCCAAGUUUCAGAGUCUGUGACUUUGAAUAUUGGUCUUAUGGAGAUUUGAAACUUUCCACUGUGAAAUUUAAAAUUGUGCUGAAAUCUUAAAACAGAUGAAAGCCUUGGAGAUGAAAGCUUUUAGCUGGUUAGAUCUUUGGUUCAUCGUCAACGAGAAAUGAAUCGACUAAUAAAUGUGGUGUCACAUUGAUGUGUGAACUAGAUGGCUGCUGAUAAAUGUGCAUUUUUAAACAUUGGUUAACAGAUGUGCAUUUAUUUAUGCAUAGAAUGGAAGUGCUUUAUAUUCCACUAUUUUCAGCCAUAUUCAGUCUCUGAAGUUACCUGCAAUCAUGAGCUUCCUCAUCCCUCGUUCAUUUUUUUGGCUUGUUGUUUUUAUUGUGACAUGUUAUGUGAUUGUCUUACCACACUGAGAUGUGUUUACAUGAUCCAAUUAAAAGUACUGUAACUGGU